GAAGUGGAAUCAGAAAAAUAUAAGAUUCAGGAAAAGGUUUAUUCUCUCGAAAGAAAAGUCAAAGAAAAAGAGAAUAUUAUUAAAGAAUUGGAGGAAAAGCUUAAACAAAGUAUUGCCAGAAUUGAUUCCAACAAACAAAAGACCACUUCUGUUAAAACAGCACGUAAUAUAAAUACAACAACACCUAAGGCUGUGGUCGUCACUAGAGAACCAUCUUUUAGUUCUCGUCCAAUUAGCGCCAAAACUACGAAAAGCCCGAUAUUCUCGCGAACAUCGACUCCAUUGAAGCCUAACUUAAAGCCUGUAUUAAGCAAUGAGGCGAAGAAUAACACGAAUAAAACGGAAAAGAUG